GAAUCAGAUUGAGGAUAAAUAGAAUCAGUAAAGAUGGCGACGGCGAGGGACGCCGUAAAGAAAAUCGGAUGCUUCACCGUUAUUAUACACAGACAUUGUUCCUUCAGAUAGCUAAAUAUCCAUAGUAAUAAUAAUAUAAAGAAGCAACUGACAAAUUGUCUGACAAACUGUGGUGCGUGGCGUGAUGGUCGCAGCCCUGGGAGCGCGAGCGAUUUGUUUUAGAGAAGACCAAGUGACAGCUCAGUUCUGUGCCUAGUCUACCAGAAAUGGAAUAGCACAACAUUGGGAUCGCAAAGAGAUCUUACUGGGGAUUGCUAAAAAUAUUUUUUCAUGGUCGAAUUGGGCAUACGAUCUCUUCAGUUUAGGGAAUAUAGCCAUUGAACUGGCCCAGUCGCAACAAAGCCAGUGUCGAAGUGGGUUGACUUGGUCAUCAUGUAUUUUUUAACUGGCUGGCCGCGGAGGCUACUUUGUCCGCUGAAAAGUGAAGAAGAGCCGUUUCAUAUUCAACCAAGCUCACAGAGGUUUUACUUUGCAGUGCUAUCGGAGACACAACUCAGCAUUUGGUUCAGUCGGCCCAGUGUUCUGGUCGUCAGCUACAUCGAAUCGUCCAAGGCGGCAGCCCAGUUUGGAUUCUACCAGCAGGCAGAAUGGAGACCAGACGACUCCAUGGUGGCUGUGGCAGCUGCCAAUGGAUACGUCCUCCUGUUUGAUGUGAUUGGAGGACGGGAGGACCGGUAUCUCUAUGAACCAGUCUACCCCAAAGGAAGUCCCCGUGUCAAGGUCACCCCAGGCUACAAGGAGGAGCAGUGUGCCCCAGCACUCAGUCUGGAGAUGAAGAAACCUCUGGAUCUAGAGGCUCCCAUCACCAGUCUGCAGUCUCUCCAGGAGGACCUGCUGGUGUCCACGGAGGACGGCUAUCUCCACAUCCUGCACUGGGACGGGGUCUCCAAUGGCAGGAAGGCCAUCAACCUCUGUACGGUGCCCUUCUCCCUGGACCUGCAGUCUGCCAGAGGUGGUCCUUCUCUGGACCUGGAGGGGGCCUACAUCAGAGACAUGGAGUACUGUGUGACUCUGGACGGCUUUGCGGUGGUGCUGGACGACGGGAGGCUAGGCUUCAUCACCUCACUGGCCAGCACCAUCACUGCUGAUCAGCUGCAGGGCGUGUGGGCGGCAGAUGUGACUGAUGGGAUGUGUGUGGCCGUCAACAACAAGUACAGACUCAUGGCCUUUGGCUGCACCAGUGGGUCCGUGUUAGUGUACAUGAUUGACACCACUACAGGAUCCAUGCAACUGUCUCACAAGCUGGAGCUCACUGCCAAACACUACCCAGACUCGUACAACAAGACUGGCGCGGUCAAAUUGAUCCGCUGGUCACCUGACUGCAGCGUAGUCAUGGUGACCUGGGAGUGUGGCGGCCUGUCACUGUGGAGCGUGUUUGGAGCUCACCUGAUCUGUACUCUGGGGGAGGACUUCACGUAUCAAUCAGACGGAACAAAGAAAGACCCUAUUAAGAUCAGCUCUAUGAGCUGGGGGGCAGAGGGCUACCACCUGUGGGUGAUCCCUACCAGGGGGGCGGGGCCUGGGGAGGGGGAGGGGGAGGAGAUGUCUGCGGCCCCGCCCCCCUCCCAGCAGGCAGGCAUCCUGCAGUUCCCCUUCAUCAAGAGCGCCCUGACUGUUAACCCCUGCACGAGCAACCAGGAGCAUGUGCUGCUGCACGGAGAAGACCGCCUCCUCCUGACCUGCGGUGACCCCACGCCGGCUGCCAGCGCCUCCGAGCGCCCCCCCCGCCGCCCCCCGCCCCCGCAGGACAGCAGCCCCCCGCACCAGCCCGCCCCCGCCCCCUCAUCGCUCUCUCAGGGACUCAGCACUUUACUGGGACACAAGCACUGGCAUGUGGUCCAGAUCCACAGCACAUACCUGGAGAGCAACUGGCCCAUCCGGUUUGCAGCGAUAGACACGGCGGGCCAGUGCAUGGCGGUGGCAGGGAGGCGGGGCUUUGCACAUUACUCCCUCCACACCAGGAAGUGGAAGCUGUUUGGAAACAUCACUCAGGAGCAGAGCAUGACGGUGACUGGAGGGCUGUCCUGGUGGAAGGACUUUCUUGUUGUUGCCUGUUACAACUUCAUCGACCGGCAGGAGGAGUUGAGACUGUACCUGCGGUCGUCUAACCUGGACAACGCCUUCGCCUCCACCACCAAGCUGCAGUGUGACUCUCUGCUGCUCAACGUGUUCCGGGACAUGGUGAUCCUCUUCAGAGCCGACUGCUGCAUCUGCCUGUACAGGCUGGAGAGGAGGCAGGACGGUCCUAACCUGUGGGCCAGUGUGGAGCUCCUGCAGGAGGUGUCCAUGACGCGCUACAUCCCUCACCCUGCCCUGGUGGUGUCUGUCACCCUCACCUCAGUACGCACCGAGACCGGCAUCUCUCUCAAGGCCCCCCAGCAGGCUGGCAUGGCUGAGAGCAUCAUGUUGAACCUGGCCGGCCAGCUCAUCAUGUUGCAGAGGGACCGGUCUGGACCCCAGGUACGAGACAAGGAGACCCCCCCCAACCAUGAGAAGCUGCUCCCGUUUUGCCCCCCCGUGGUCCUGGCCCAGUGCGUGGAGAACGUGUGGACCACGUGCCGCAGCAACCGCAAGAAGCGCCACCUGCUGGAGGCGCUGUGGCUGUCGUGCGGCGAGGCGGGCAUGAAGGUGUGGCUCCCGCUGUUCCCGCGCGACCACCGCAAGCCGCACUCGUUCCUGUCGCGGCGCAUCAUGCUGCCGUUCCACAUCAACAUCUACCCGCUGGCCGUGCUGUUCGAGGACGCCCUCGUCCUGGGCGCCAGCAACGAGACGGUGCCGUACGACGGGCCGCGGGGCCGGCGGGCCCCUCCGGAGGCGCUGUUCCCCUACUGCACGGUGGAGCGCACCUCCCAGAUCUACCUGCACCACAUCCUGAGGCAGCUGCUGGUGAGGAACCUGGGCGAGCAGGCCCUGCUGCUGGCCCAGUCCUGCGCCGCGCUGCCCUACUUCCCCCACGUCAUGGAGCUCAUGGUCCACGUGGUGCUGGAGGAGGAGGCCACGUCGCGGGAGCCCAUCCCCGACCCCCUGCUGCCCACCGUGGCCAAGUUCAUCACCGAGUUCCCCCUCUUCCUCCAGACCAUCGUGCACUGCGCCCGCAAGACCGAGUACGCGCUCUGGAACUACCUGUUUGCCGCCGUCGGCAACCCCAAAGACCUGUUUGAGGAGUGUUUGAUGACACAGGACCUCGACACGGCCGCCUCCUAUCUCAUCAUCCUGCAGAACAUGGAGGUUCCUGCCGUGAGCCGGCAGCACGCCACGCUGCUCUUCAACACGGCGCUGGAGCACGGCAAGUGGGACCUCUGCCGUCACAUGAUCCGCUUCCUCAAGGCCAUUGGUUCAGGGGAGAUGGAGACCCCGCCCCCGACGCCCACCACUCAGGAGCCCAGCUCGACAGGAGGGUUUGAGUUCUUUCGUAACCGCAGCAUCAGUCUGUCUCAGUCAGCUGACGGCCUCGCCGCAGUCAAGUUCAGCCUGCAGAAGACCUACAGCAUGCCCUCAGGACCCUGCGCUAAGGGGACUGAUAGGUGGAGCAAGGAAGAGAGUGCAGAGAACAUGUACAUAGACAUGAUGUUGUGGCGCCACGCCCGCCACCUGCUGGAGCAGGUGCGCCUCAAGGACCUGGGCUGCUUCUCCGCCCAGCUGGGCUUCGAGCUGAUUGGCUGGCUGUGCCGCGAGCGCACGCGCGUGGCCCGCGUCGACGACUUUGUCACGGCCCUCAAGCGCCUGCACAGGGACUUCCUGUGGCCGUUCCCCGUCAUCCCGGCGUGCUCUCUGAGCUCGCCGCUCAAGAACGGACGCUGCCGUGGGGUCCUGAGCUCGCGCCUGCUGAAGUCCCAGUCGGCCGACAGCCUGGUGAACAGUGACAUGGACACGGCGCCCCCACAGUCGGCGCGGCGCAACCACGCCUGGCUGGACGCCAUGGGGGCGGAGCCUAAGGAGACGGACUCCAGUUCCUCCCACAGCCCCCAGACACACGAGGCCUUCCUCUCGCCGCUCAUCGGUAAAGCGGAGGAUUGCAGUAUCGGCUCUGCUACAGACCUGACAGAGACCAGCUCAGUGGUGGAUGGGGAUUGGACGAUGGUGGACGAGAACCUGACGUCCCUGUGCCUCAGCCAGGCGGAGCUGGAACACAUCUCCAUGGAGCUGGCCAAUAAGGGCCCUCACAAGUCGCAGGUGCAGCUCAGGUACCUCCUGCAUGUCUUCAUGGAGGCGGGGUGUCUGGAGUGGUGCGUUGUAAUUGGUCUGAUCCUACGCGAAGCCAGCGUGAUCAAGCAGGUGAUUGGCUUCCUGGACAGUCCUGAGGUUCCUGCCGAGACGGUCCAGGGAGUCCGCAGUGGUCUGCUGGCCGUAGACGCCUGGGCCUCCACUGACUGCCUGGGCUACAAGCCCUUCCUCAGCCUGAUCCGGCCCCAGCUACAGCAGCUGAUGGAGGUGGUGGUGGAGCAGGUGCAGCCGGAGGUCUUCCAGCCCGCCAACCCCUCCAAGCUGGGGGCGGAAGGGGGGACCCCGACCCCCCGGGCGGCAGAGGACAGCCUGAGUCGGGGGGGGGCCUCUGGCCUGGGCAUGGCCCUCACCUCCAUGGACCCCCCCGGAGCCUUCCCCAGACCAGCCGAGGACAGGCCCCUGGAGGAGCAGGUGGAGCAGGUUAACGAGGAGGGGGCCUAUGACUGCACCCUGUCCUGACCUUUGUGACCGGGGUAGGGGGGAGUCAGGGGUCACUGGUGGAGAGACAUGGGGGAAUUGACAAGGACACCUCCAAUUGGCUUUUGGGGUUUGGCUUACUGACAGGAAAAUUGACUGCAGAUCAAUUUUGUGG